AUGGCCAUUGCGGCUGGCUCAAGGUGCAAACUCGGACAUCGCAACCGUAUAGCCCGUGCCGGAUACGGAACAGGCAUCGGUUCGGCUUUGCCUUGGGCCGAGACACUCCUGUGGGAAGGUCUCCAUGGGGAGCAAAUGGCUAACGGGGUCUGUAAGGCACAGCCAAGUUCGGCUGAGUGGCUUCCCGGAAGGACUGGGUUGUUUGGGGCUGCAAAGGCGAUCACCAGCACGUUUCUGCCGCUCGCGACAAGCGUGGCGGAAGCUGAGGCUCACAUACCCACGGCAAAGCAGCGCUUCUGGAGGACAGCGAUCAAGAUGUGGACGGACAUCUACACACUAUCGGAGAUGAAUCCACUGCAUAGGACAACGGCCAAGACGGGACGGGUCCGGAAGCCUACCGGUCGCCUCUUUUCCAAGUGGCCAAGACUCUGA